AUGCUUCGUCAAUUUGUGGUGCCAGUGCGUCAGACGACGCAGAGGGCAGGAUUGCCUCCGUCAACGUUGUUUGGUGUGCAGAAAUGCUCUGUGAACAUGAAUCGCAGCGUACAGACGCGGUGGGAGAUUGAUAGCCAGACCGCCUCGCAGAAGCGCACUGAAUACGACUUUGACAAGGAGCAGUGGAUGAAACAGAUGCGGUUUGCCUCUAUGGACUGCAUCAUGGACCCUGACAUCACGCCCAUCCGCUACACCUCCGUCGCAGGAGUUAAGAAGGCGUUCCGGCGCUUCGUGACAAUGCGCAAGCUGACGGACCGUCGCCCGGACUUCGACCCUGUCCAGCUGAAGGAGCUGUUCAUCCAGUUCAAGACGCUCUCCCAUGAGAAGAGCCCGGAUUGCUUCAAAACGCUGCAGCGCAUCACGACGCACGGAGAGGCGGACCGAAUCCUUAAAGAGAUCAAGGGACGCAUGAACGAGGACUUUGCCAAGAAGAGCUGGAGGUCGUUGAAGCAGCAAGGAGCGAAGAGCACUUACGAGAUGGAGGUAGACUCAUUCGACCUGGUGACAUGCUACAUGGGGCAGAUGUCGCAGGAGGACUGGCUUCAAAUUACGUACCGCUGCGAGUUCCGCCAUCGUGCGGGCAAGGAGUACGACUGGGAGACGAUGAUGGAGUACCCGGUGUUUGAGGUGAGACUCGGAGACGGUGUCAAGGCGCCCAACACCCACCCCUUCAUCGUUGUGGGGGUGCUCAAGAAGGAUGGCACCCGCUACGGUAAAGACUCACAAGACGCCGCCGACCUUCGCAAGCAGUUUGACCGCACAGGGCGGUGGUUCUGA